UCUUGUGAAAUUGCAAGGCGUGGCUCAUGUGCUUUUGUUUCCUGUUGGCUCUUCUCACAACUUUUGCUCGAGACACAAGCUCGACAACACACACACUCCACUUACUUCUUUACAUAUCUUUUCUAAACUAAGUAUCAUCAACCAUGAGUGGCCUUGAAAACCUCAAUCUGGACUGGAACGUCGAUAUCGACGCCGAAAUAGCAGCCUCUGACAAGCGACAAGCCCGCCGCAACACCAUCAGCGAAAGCCCCUUGGACUGGAACAUGGAUCUGGAUGAUCUCUUGCGCAAGAGCGGCAACCCGGAAGACAAGGAGUUUCGUCGUCACUCCGCACCCACAUCUCUGCCAUCUCGCAAAAAGGCAAUGGGAGUCAAAUUUGGCAAUGUCACCAUUCGAGAGUGCGAACGCAUCUUGGGCGACAAUCCUGCCUGCGAACAGGGACCGUCACUGAGUAUCGGUUGGAAGCACAAGACACACAAGCCCAUUCAUGUGGACGACUGGGAAGAGUACCGAUGCCAACAACACAUUCGACGAACCAAAAAGGCACUCCAACUGUCGACACAGAAACGACUCUUGGUCGCCAAGGAAGCUGGAUUCUCACAAAGACACAUUGAGCUGAAUGUCGAACUCAUCUCCUACUUUCACGAAGAACGCAAUGAAACACUCAUUACUUUGCACAAGGAGGAACAACUUCCUCUUGACUCACUCCACAAGCAAAAGGAACUGGCACAAUCGCAAACUCACUGGUGCUAGCUAGCUAUAACCAUAAGAUGCCCCUCCUCCUCAAGUAAAUAUUGCUAACUAGCUAACCAUAUAUCAUACUAAAAGCAGCAGCAAUGGCAGUCUAACCAAAUGUACAUAAUAUA